UCUUUGUCUAAUAUAAAUCACUGAAAGAAGGUUCAUUUGUAGUUCUAAACAUAUUCAGGGUGUUUUUUUACUCAGUUUUUGUCUCUACCACGACGUUAUUCCUCUCUCCUACAGCAGGCAUUACAAUUACAUGCAUAUGGACAAUUAUGCAGAUUAGGCGAUGACGCCAUUUAGCGACUUCUAGCGACUUUUAGGACAGCCAAUAGCUACUUUUCUUACUGAGGAGUUGGCAACAGUGGAUUGGUGCCGCCCCUCGAGUUGGGCCAUUUGCAUUACUCAUGGCCAGACCCUAAAUAUGUCUAGAUUUGGGUCUGGAUUUCCAGGCUAGUUAUUGACUGCUACUCACCAAAAGUCAGAGCUCUGUUGAUUACGUCUGUCAGUAUCAUGUAAUCAAGAUGCCCGCUACAGUAGUCUAUGUGAAUCACGUGACCAUUCAGUUGGAACUUUUGUUGUCGCAACUCUGUUAUCCAAACGGGCCUGGCUUGAUCCGUUAUUAUUAAAUUCUAUUAUAGAUCUUGUGCGCCAGUGUUUCGUAGAGGUAUAAGGACUUUAUUGUACAGCUUCGAAAAUUGUGGGCCGUAAGGGGAACUGCCCUCCUGGUCGAACAUUAUGGGCGUGUCUGCACACACAGUUUGGUGUGCAAACGGAAGCCUUUUAGGGGAACUCCAGAGCUACACUUUAGCUAACGUUAAGUUAAUGCUACAACGGUGGUAUUAGGAUUCCUCCAUAAAUGGCAAUGUUAUCAAAUCGCAAUGAAACUAACGUUAUGAAACGUUAGUAACAUGCGUUAUAAUGCUUUCGAUAUUGGCUGUCUUCGGGUGUUUGGCUGUCUUCAUGGCACCAGGGCUGUGCUGUCGUGAAAAUGAAUAUAAAACAAGUGAUGGACGAUGUUGUCCUAUGUGUCACGAAGGUGCAGUUGUUAAAAGAGACUGCACAACAGAGUCAGGCACACGGUGUGUCCCCUGUGUGAAUGGGACUUAUAUGAACCAACCUAAUGCCCUGAAAAAGUGUUUCCCCUGCACCUCCUGUGACCAGGGUCUCUUUGCCAAACAGCAGUGCACAGCAACAAGUGACAGUGUGUGUGGUGUUUUAGAGGGCUACUUCUGCAAAGAAUUGAGGGAUGAUACAGGCUGUAGUUUGGCUCAAAAACAUACACCCUGUGAAUCCGGUCACAGGAUAAAAACACCUGGAACCAGCAGAACUGAUACAGUGUGUGAACCUUGUCAGCCAGGCUAUUUUUCACAGUAUGGUUUGAACUGCGCGGCUUGGACUAUUUGCUCAGAAACCCAAAAAAAGAUCAGAGAAGGAGACGCGCACAGUGAUGUUGUCUGUAAAGCAACUGCUUCAAGAGUGCAUUACUUCUUACCCAUACCUUUAUUAUUAUCAUCAUUAACAAUUGUUGGGCUUUUGAUUGGGGGUUAGUUUUGCAUGUUUUGCAUCCCUGAUUUGACUGCCUAAUAUAUAACAUCAUUUCCUCCCAUUUUUUCCUCAUUGUCUCCAGUGGAUGGUUGCUAAUUGUUUUAGCUAAUACAUUUCUUGCUUUUGGACUUUAAGUGACCUAAGAUUGGGAAAAAAAUCAGGUACAUUGCGACUUACACUUGCCUGGGACCACUGCCUCGAGAGACACUUCCAGGAACUGUUUGCCCUGGACAGCUCCCACGAUCACAGGAUCAUUUUUGGAUUCUACAUUCCAACGCUCACCUGUGGUCAUGAGCUUGGUAUGGCUCAGCCUUAGAUAGGUUGAGGAGCUCAGACAUCUUGUUGGAGCUCAGCAUAGAGUCGCCGCUCCUUUGCAUCAAAAGGGGCCGGUUUAGGUGGUUCGCGCAUCUGAUCAGGAUCCUCCUGGGCCCCUCCCGUUAGACUGAUCCAAGGCCUGGGGUAUACCCAGAGCAUGCUGGAGGAAUUACAUAUUUCAUCUGGGCUGGGAAUGCCUUGGGAUCCCCAAGGAGGAGGCUGAAGAGCAUUGCUGGGGAGAGGGACGUAUAGAGCACCUGCUCAGCCUAUUUCCCCUGUGACUGUUGUGGUGAAAAAAUAGACUGCGGUGUUGAUCAAUAUUUUGUAAAAAAUUCUUCCAGUAAAACCAAUGAAAGUCCAGAGAAUUCUGAAGAAAAAACAGGAGGCUAAUCAGAAGUCCAAUGCAAGAAGGUUUAUUCUAUGUUCAGAGCUGACAUCCAAAUAAACCCAUUUGAGUUGGUGGUCCGGACCAAGAACUGAACCCACAAGCCUCGGGCACUGACCUUUAUACCCAGUCUCUCUCUCUUUCUCGUGCUCACUUUCUUAAGAUUUUAACCAAUCAUAUGUGUAGAAUUACUAUUAUUUUUUCUAAUACAUAUACGUCACAACAUCACUUUUUUGUCACUUGACCCCUGAAAGCCCCCUCGAACCGGUUAAAACAGGUUGGGUUGUUUACAUCUUUUCCCCAAAAGUGCCAUCCUCAGCAGCUUUUGUUUGACUAUGAUCUUACACUCAGCUUCACCACACCUCAGAUUCCCAUCGUAACAAUAAUCCCUGUGCAUCCAUGAAGAAAACAUGAGUGGCUUGUUCUUUAACCUCAUUACCAUGACUAUAUUAUGGUUCCGUUCAAUUGUAAAACCUUUUGAUGUUUUAUAUUUGCAUUUAUAUUGCAUUCUUCCCACUCUGUAUUGCAUCACGGCCGAGCUGCAAUAUUUUAAAUAAUUCUAAAAAGCAUGCUAAUUAAGUCAAAUUAAGUGCCAGGUAAUCAUUACAUCAUUACAUAGAUUCAACUUUGAAUUUUUGAUUUCUAACAUGGGGAGGACAGUUCUGGAAAAAAAUGUUCCAUCAUUUAUUGUAAAUAAACAUUUUAUAUUUGUAAUAAAGCCUUAUUAACUUCCUUUGCAGUAACCAAAAAACAGCCUGU